AUGGCUAUUCUCAGUGUUCUCACGUUCGAUCCAGAUGGUCGCCCGAUCCAGUUCGAUACUUGGCUCGAUGACUUACAACUGUAUCUACUGAGCGAUUCUAAAGACGGCAUCUCACUGUUUGACCACACGUCUGGUUCCUCUCUCGCUCCUCCCGACACACCUGACAGUCUUACUCGCUCACAGUGGCUUACCCGUGACGCUGCUGCUCGCCUAGCCGUUCGCAACCACCUGCCGUUAGCCGAACGCGCUCACUUUGGCCAGCACAAGACUGCUAAGGCCCUGUACGACACUGUCGUCGCUCGUUACUCUUCCCCUGCCACUGUUGCUCUCGGCCGCCUUAUACUGCCCUACCUGUUUCCCGAGCUGUCCUCCUUUGCCACAGUUGAGGACCUCAUCACCCACCUUCGCACUAGCGACACUCGCUACCGCGUCGAACUUAAAGUCGAGUUCUUAGACAAUAACCCACCCCCGAUGUACAUCACGCUCUACUUCAUAGUCACCCGCCUCCCUGACUCUCUUCGCGCAGUUAGGUACACCUUUCUCGCACUGGACCCCACAGACCUCACUGUCGACCUGCUCGAGAAGCACCUCCUUGCAGCUGAGACUAGCAUCGUCACUGUAGUUGCUACUCGUGGCACUCCUCGCACUCCCUUCUUUGAGGGGUGUUCCCCCUCCCCCCUUGCCCCCUCUGUCGCUUCUGCUGCUGCUGUUGACUUCCUUGGUGCUGAGGAGGUCGGGGCUGCGUCUGCUCCUAGUGGGAGGCGCCGCAGCGGCAAGGGCAAGGGAGGCAAGAGUGGUGGGGGUGGCGGCAGGGGAGGCGGUGGUGGAGGUGGUGGGGGCGGUGGAGGCGGUGGAGGUGCCGGUGGUGGCGGUGGGAGUGGUGGCGGGACUGGGGGCGUCGGCGGCAGCGGUGGUGGUAGCGGUGGGAGUGGUGGCGGCGGUGGUGGCGGCAGUGGGAGUGGUGGCGGCGGCAGUGGUGGAGAUCGGGGUGGAGCUGUUCAGAGGGGAGAGUUUGGCGACGAGGCAGAGAUUCCCCGCUGGCUAGAGCUGUUUAGGUCCGGUGUUGACGUCUUUGCUCUUGACUAUGACGCUAUCCUUGCUGCCAUGUAUGCUUUGACUGUUAGUGCUGAGGGUGACUGUUACCUGUAUGUGCUACCUGACCCUGGUAUAGAUGCUGCUGCUCUAGGUGCUAGUGAGUCUGCUCUCUCUGGUACUACGCCUGCUGAGGCCUUGCACACCUUCACGCUUGACUCAAGUGCUUCCCGCUGUUUCUUUCGCGACAGUACCACAGUCACACCACUUCCUACACCUGUUGCAGUCUCACUGACUGACCCCUCUGGGGGCUCGGUUCUUGCACGUUCCUCCACUGUUCUCCCGUGUCCGUGGGUUCUGUCCGUCUCACUGUCAUCCCGUCGUUAUCGAAGACCUUGGUCUCUCCCUCCCCUCCCACCCUCGCCUGCCCCGCCCUGCCUUCCUUGCGUCGAGGGGCGGCAGCGCGCCGCUCCUUACUCCUCCUUGUUUCCCCCGACGACAACUCCCCUGCAGACUCUCCACAUGGACGUGUGGGGCCCAGCCCGCGUCUGUGGACAGGACGAGGAGCGGUACUUCCUGCUGGUUGUUGACGACUACUCGCGUUACACCACGGUCUUCCCCUUGCGCAGCAAAGGGGAGGUCCCUGAUGUCUUGAUCCCUUGGAUCCGCGCUGUUCGUCUCCAGCUCCGCGAGCGGUUCCGCACGGACCUUCCUGUCCUGCGUCUGCACUCUAACAGAGGUGGUGAGUUCUCCUCCCACCUCCUGCGGGACUUUUGUCGUGGGGAGGGCAUCCUCCAGUCGUUCAUGCUCCUGGCCUCCCCGCAGCAGAAUGGGAUUGCUGAGCACCGCAUUGGCUUAGUCAUGGAGGUGGCCCGUACCUCCAUGAUCCAUGCGGCUGCUCCCCAUUUUCUGUGGCCGUUUGUGGUCCGGUACGCUGCGCAUCAGCUCAACCUCUGGCCCCAUGUCUCCUUGCCGGAGACCUCGCCUACACUGCGUUGGACAGGGGAGGUUGGCGAUGCGUCGGUGUUCCUGGGUCCUGCUCCUUCAGGUGUGUCUCAGGUAGACCCACUCCCCUUGGCUGAGCCUGUCGAGGUCACUGGUGACUCUGGUGCUGCUGGGGGUGGUGCUGCUCGGGGUGCUGCGUCUGGGGGUGCUGAGCCUGCGGGUGUGGAGCCUGGGGGUGCUGAGGCUGUGCAUGCGGAGCCUGGGGGUGCUGAGCCUGAGUGUGCUGAGCCUGGGGGUGAUGAGCCUAAGCGUGCGGAGCCCGGGGGUGAUGAGCCUGAGCGUGCGGAGCCUGGGGGUGCUGAGCCUGAGCGUGCGGAGCCUGGGGGUGCUGAGCCUAGGGGUGCUGCGUCUGCUGGAGGUCCUACGGGGGCCUCUGCACAGCGGUCUAGCCUACAGGAGCCUCUCUCACCGCAGCAGCUGCGCGAGUGA